UGAAUGCAGCAUCUGUUGCUUUUAAUUGUCCAAGUUUGCUGUUGUAUUUCUUCAAAAUGAAAAAAAAAAAACUAUUAUAUCUUUUAUAGUUUUAUAAACUGGUAUGUAUUUCAUGAUUGAUUACGUUAACCGAAAUGGAAUCUAACGAUAAAGUUUUACGUCUGAAAGAACAGCAAGUGAUACGAAGUAAAAGUAAAUGAAUCAGUGCAGAAAAAUACAAGCAUGUCCGCCAUAUUGGCACCUAUAAUGUGUAUUGAUUAUACAUGAACGAUGGGGAGAAGAGGGUGAUAUCCCAAAAAAAGAUUAAAAGAAAAAUAAGGAAAUUGUCAUGAUAAAGAUUUUCUUAACUUGUUUUAAACUUGCCCUUGUUAGAGCAGGAAAAAAACCUUCCAUGACCCAGUUUUCAGUGUUACAAGAUAUGUGCAUAGAUAUCAUAUUACAAAAUCUGUUCUCAAGCUGAGUUUGACUAGGCCAGUGCCUCUGCUUGAAGAACAUACCAUUGGAGGUACGGAUCGUAGACUAUUUACUUCUCAUGCUAGAACUUAACAUCUAGCAAUCACUUAAGGUUAUGGCUGUACCGAAGCUCAACCGCAUGUUUGCUGUGAUGUCGCGUUUUGGAAGGGACCGCAAACCUGGCAGCUGCUUUCAGGUCACAUUCCUCCUCACCUUGCACCACAAUAUGGCGGACAUAGCUGCAGGUUUCGGCGGAGUCCUCUCCAAAGAUUUCUUUUUACACUCAACUACAUCUGUGUAAGGCACAGCGUUACAGCUCCUCGCCCCGUUCGAUGACGUAGCCUCGGAAACGAAGUUUUGUGGUAAGAACAUCCGGGUCCUACAUCCGGGUCCUCCUGGAAAAGAUGGCCGAUUUAGCGCAGUGACGCGGUAGCCUCGCGGUGGUGCUUCGGAACAGCUAUCACCUCAAGUGAGUAUCAGUCAAUUUUCGUCUCUAUUAUUUGUGCGAUCCGAUGUUUUCCACUAGAAUUCAGCGCUUAGCGACCAGAAUGUACGCUGAACAAACAAGCAAGCAACCUAACACUCUCCAUGCUCAGCUUUUAUUCGACAUAGAAGCUUUCUAACGACACAAUGUGACUUUGCAAGCACUAACCCUGCUUCCGUUUCACUCGCUUUGUACUAUGUUUUCUGCCAGGCUGCCCGAUACUGUUACAGCGACGUCGAUUGUGACGCAUACAGCUACUGUGACGCCCAGAUCUUCGGCCAGUACGGAACGUGUGUUCGGAACAGUGACCGCCCAACCAGACUAAGGAGGACCUAUUGCUACUCGGACAAUGAUUGUGGCCCAUCUACAUUUUGCGACACAAUAACAUAUGGAAGAUUCUACUUUGGUGGAGGAAUCUGCAGGCCUCGGUACUGCUACAGCCAUGCGGACUGCGACGGCAAUACCUACUGCGACUACUACAGGGACACCAACUAUGGACUAUGUAAAAGGUCGCCAAGAUCGCCCUAUUGCUACAGUGACAGUGAUUGUGAUGCAGCAAAAGUCUGUGACAAACAUUCAUUCUUGUUCCAAGACUAUGGGCUAUGUCGGUUUCAGUACUGCUACCGGGAUCAAGACUGCGACGACUAUGAUAACAGCUACUGCGAUACAUUCUACUCAUUUGGCAUGGGCGUACGGCAUUAUGGAGUUUGCAUUCGGGGAGGAAGAGUACGAAGACCAAGCCGUGUUCCCGCGGGAAGACCAGGACCCCCUGACCUCGGGUCUGGAUACUAUGGCUGAGUGAUUUUGCCCACAGUCACGGGGAAGUUUACAGACAACCAAUCACAGUGAAAUUCGAAAUUGUCGUUGUGGAUAUAACUGCAACUACCGUUCAGUGAAAGCGAGUUUUUAGUGAAAAAGUCAACCGUCCAACGUUGAAUGUAAGAAUCUUAUCUCGGUGCUAUUUUUUUGUUGACGUAUGUUUUAUAUAUUUGAUAAGACUUAACUUGUCAUCAUCUGCUAUGAUCAUUCUAAUGUCAGAAAGGACAGGUAAUGCUAUUUAAAGACUUGCUUUGUCAUAAAAUUCAUCAACAGAUUUUAGUAGUAACGAUUCUAGGUUUUUCACUCCGAAGAGCUAUCUGCCCUGGAGUACAACAGUGUAUACAAUGGGACCACAACUUUGAAAUAUCCGCAGUAACAGGUGAGGCGAAUGUAGUUGUGCAAAGCAGUUCUCACACUAGUUACCUUUUGUAAUGGAUUAUCGAUAGGCGACCUGUAAUCAUGCCGUCUGCAUGUAAGGAGGUGAUUUUGUGAAAUCAAGCACAAGAUUUCAAUUGCGUUUCUGUAAUUUUACGUAUUGAUGUUUUGGCUGCUAGAGAUGCUAUAAGCCGUGCCAUGGCUUCGUGGAAUGUCAGUAGUCUGAAAGAAAUCAAAAAUAUAAUACAAAACCCUUUAUAUUGAUGGUUAUGCUGCAAUAACAAUGCUUGUGGAAAUCAAUGAGAAAUAAUUGUGCACACUUUUUUCCCUUAAUAGUUCUUGUUUAUGUCAUAUCGAUCCGAACUGUUCAUAGAUACUCUGAUGAUCUUUUAUAAUGCUUCUAAUGAAAGGAAAGAAUGUGUUCAAGCGAAAGAUUCUUUAUUGGAAAGAAGAAGCUGGAUUUCUUACUGUUAUAAAGACAUUGUCAUGUAGAAAUUACACAAAGUCAUCAUACAUAUCCAACAUAGAACAACAAAACUUAGGAAAUGUGUAUGCAACAGCAUUACAGUAAGAUUACAGUACUUGUAAAAUAUUCUAGCAUGAAAGCUGUCAUUUUUGUAAAAUAUUUUAGUACGAAAAAUAAAAUGAUCUAGUCACUGA